AUGAGGAAAAUUGAUGCAAUAUACGCUGAUAGCAUUCGAGCGCAGGAUCCCAAACUUGGCAAGAAUGAGUUUUGCUGGGGAGCGCUCAGGAGCAAUAUAGUGCACUCCCCAAGCUCAGCCGAGCUUCCAGAGCCCCACCGCACGAUUGGCCAGCUGACAUCUAAUCCCAAAGGGGUCUCCGAAGGUGAUUUAUUGGCCAGUGGGGCUCUCGGAGCUUGGCAAGCUUUACCUGGAACCAAGGCUGGUGUCCCACUUAGGAAAGAAUCCGAGUGGAAGACAAGGGGCGAUAUAGAUGCGCUGAUUGCUGCCGCUAAUGAUGUAAUUGCAUCAUAUAAGAAUGUCUCGAACUUGAUGUUGGCCUAUCCAAACCUAACCAGUACCACAAUUGAAAACCAUGUGGCAAGCACGGUAGCCGGUUCGAAUCACUGGGUAGGAUCUACUCGUUUAGGAACAAAUUCCUCUACAUCGGUUGUUGACCCCAAUCUGAAAGUAUGGAACACCGAAAACCUGUAUGUCCUUGACGCUGGAAGUAUGCCAAGUCUCCCAGCAGGGAACCCCAUUGGCGCAAUUCUGACAAUGGCUGAAAUGGCUUCCGAUAAACUUCUGGCACUGAAUUAA